CAGACAGGAAGAAAGCCUACCAGUUGUUACAACGUGAUUAUCUUCUUGAGGAGUGGAGAAACGAAAUCUGUCGGAUGCUAUACGCAGGCAAAAAGGCCGAGAUGCAAAGUUUGUGUUGUAAGGAGAAUGGUGAUCUGUUUCAUUAUUUGCGAACGAAGAUUAUGAAUUCUAAUUCUUGGUUGUAA